CCAGGGGACUGGACCCUCAGGAACAGCAAUUUUGACGAGUUUUCGGCCAAAAAACUCAGUUUCAAUUUCGUUCAAAAAAUAAAAAAUGUCCAUUUUGACGAAAUGGUUGUUGAGGAGGAAGGAUGACAAGGAGGAGGAGGAGGAGGAGGAGGAGGAGAAAAGGUGAUGAUGAUGAUGAGGAGGAGGAGGAGGAGGAGGAAGAAGAAGAAGAAGAAUUAGAAGAGGAGGAGGAGGAGGAGGAAGGAGAGGAGCAGGAGGAGAAGGAAGAAGACGAAGUAGAAGACGAGGAGGAGGAGAAAGACGAAGAAGAGGAAGGGGAGGAGGAUGAAGAAGAAGAUGCAGAAUAGGAGGAAGAGGAGGAGGAGGAGGAGGAGAAGGAGGAGGAGGAGGAGGAGGUGGACGAGGACGACCAAGAAGAGGAGGAGGAGAAGGAGGAGGAUGCAGAAGUGGCAGAGGACGAGGAGAGGAGUAAGGAGGAGGCGGACAGGGAGGAGGAGGAGAAAAAAAUCCCAUAUUCGAACCUGUUGGAGUCCUCUUCAAGCGCAAAAUAAAAAAAAAAAUAAAAAAUAAAAAAAAAAUAAAAAAAAAAAAUAAAAAAAAUAUAUUUUCAGUCAUUUUCCGGUUUUAAUUAUCCGGAAUUCCGGAUAAACAGGAUGCCGGAUAAAGCGGCCGGACAUUC